UUCUUGAAACCAAACGAGGAUCCAACAAAGUGCUCUACUUGGAUUUGGUAGUCAAUGCAGUUUUGGACAGAGAGACCAGAUCUUCGUACACUCUACUCUUGGAAGCAUUUGAUGGUGGUUCACCCAAGAGGACUGGACAAAUGAUCCUGGAUUUGAUUGUGCAGGACAUCAAUGACAACGCCCCAGUCUUCAACCAGAGUCGCUACCAUGCAGUGAUCUCAGAGAACCUUCAACCUGGGAACAAUAUACUGCAGGUGUUUGCUUCAGAUGCUGAUGAAGGCGACAAUGGGUUGGUGUUCUACGACAUCAACAGGAGACAGAGUGAUCCUGAUCGCUACUUUGUCAUUGACACUCGAACUGGAGUUAUCACUCUGAACAAGCCUUUGGAUUUCGAAAUGAGAAGAGUUCACGAGCUUGUGGUACAGGCUCAGGACAAUGCCAGUCAACCAGAGGUCACCAAUGCUUUCGUGACCAUCCAGGUGCGAGACUACAAUGACAACCAGCCCACCAUGACCAUCAUCUUCCUCAGUGAGGAUGGUUCUCCACGCAUCUCUGAAGGAGCGCAGCCUGGCCAGUAUGUGGCUAGGAUUUCGGUCACGGACCCUGAUUAUGGAGAAUAUGCCAAUGUGAAUGUGUCUUUGGAAGGGGGUGAUGGAAAGUUUGCUUUGACCACCAAAGACAGCAUCAUCUAUCUCAUCUGCGUAGAUCAGAUCCUUGAUCGUGAAGAGCAAGACCAUUAUGAACUCAGAGUCUUGGCCACAGAUUCUGGCACUCCUCCAUUACGGGCAGAGUCUUCAUUUACCAUUCAGGUCACGGACGUUAACGACAACCCACCUUUGUUUGACCAGCCAGAAUACACCCAGGUUAUUCCAGAGGUUGCCUUUCCGGGAAGUUUUGUUGUACAGGUUACAGCACGGGACAAAGACCAGGGACCCAAUGGAGAUGUUCAGUACAGCAUCCUACAGAACGAAGAAACUCAUUCAGACUGGUUCAGUGUUGACGCAGUCACUGGUAUCGUCACCACCUUGACCCAGCUUGAUUACGAAACAGACCCUAUGCCGAGUGUAACUGUGGUUGCUGCCGACAGGGGUCGACCACCUUUAUCUUCUACAGCUGUGGUCAAAGUGAUCCUACAGGAUAUUAAUGAUAAUGAACCUGUGUUUGGCAGCAAGUUCUACAAUGCAUCCAUUAAGGAGAACACCGCAGCAGGGACCUGUUUCAUGGAGGUUACAGCUACUGAUGUGGAUGGUGGCUCUUUUGGCUCCAUCUCCUACUCUCUGGGCUCUGGUCCAGGCAGUGUGACCCCGUCUCAGUUCACCGUUGGCAAGCACAAUGGACAGAUCUGUACUACCACCAGCCUGGAUCGUGACCAGGGACCAACCAACUACGACUUCACCGUCACAGCUGUGGAUGGGGGUGGACUGAGUUCAGUGGCCUAUGUGCGUGUGGACCUGAUAGACAUAAAUGACAAUCGACCAGCGUUCUACCCUCUGAACUAUGCAGUGAGUCUGAGUACGCAGAGCACCCCAGGAACCUCCGUCCUGAAGGUCACUGCUCACGAUCCAGAUACUGGAGAUAACGGCAGAGUGACAUAUCGUACUGUACCUGGAGGGAGCUCGCCUUUCUUCACCCUCAACAAAGAUACUGGAGUGAUUUCACUGUCGCGCGCUCUACAUGGAAAGGCAAACUCAGUCAUUACGAUGGUGGUCUCAGCCCAAGAUGGUGGGGGCCUUACUGCUCCAGUCAAUGCCAGGGUCAACAUCAGCAUAGUGGCAGGACUGGUCGCCCCCCCUGUGUUUGAGCAAGCUCAGUACUUCUUCGUGGUCUCUGAGGAUGCCCUGCGUGGAACACAAGUUGGCGUUGUGCGGGCCAGCACUAAGAACGGUGUCUCGAAGGAUAUCUCCUACACUAUUAGUUCUGGUGACCCCACGGGCUACUUCACUAUUGAUUCGGAGACUGGGGCUUUGAGAACGAGCUUGCCUCUGGAUCACGAGGCCCAACCCAGCUUGAAUCUGGAAGUCCAGGCGCACUGCGGUAACCCCCCGGCCUUUGGCCAGACUAGGGUACGAAUUACAGUGUCUGACGUCAACGACAAUGCGCCCGUCUUCUUGCCCUCAUCUUCCGAGUCACUGAUUCUACCUGAAGACACCCGGAUGGGUACAGUGGUGUAUAAGGUCCAAGCAGAAGAUCAUGAUUCUGGACCCAAUGGUCUUCUGAGUUUUGACCUGUUCACCGGCGGUACCCAGAGAACCUUCAGCAUCGAUCGCAACAGUGGACAAAUCCGCCUGAUUGGCAGUUUGUCGUACGAGACCAUGCCUCGCUAUGACCUGCAGGUGAUUGCUAAAGAUAGCGGAGCACCUCAGCUAAGUUCUACCUUCACCCUGGUCAUCCACGUGCAAGCAGAGAAUGGCCAAGGCCCUGUGUUCGAUAGUCUCACAUACCGAGUAGAACUGAAGGAAAGCACACCUCUCAACACUCGCUUCCUGCAGGUACGAGCUAUAAACCGAGAUGGUGGCAUCACCCCUGGGUCGUCUUCUACAUCUUCCGCCCCACUAGCCUACCACCUGCACCCAGACGGUGAUGCUGCAGGGUUUGGCAUUGUGUCUGACAGCGGCUGGCUGUUCGUGAAAAGUGCCCUGGACAGAGAAGCCAAGGAGAUGUACCUGCUCACUGCACUGGCCACAUCAGGCAACGGACAGCUGAAGAAGACGGGUAGCGCUACAGUGCGCGUGUCAGUGAUGGAUGAAAAUGACAACACCCCUCGGUUUAUCCAAGAAAGAGCGUUCCUGGCAGUGCGCGAGAACUUGCCGGCAGGCACUGGCUUCGGCCGGGUGUCUGCCAGCGAUCGGGAUGCUGGUCUCAACGGUCGGCUGAGCUACCGCCUGCUCCAUCUGAAUCACCACUUCCAAAUCAACUCCCACACAGGUGAGAUAAGCACAAAACUUUCCCUCGACCGUGAACUUCAGUCCAGCUACCAGCUCAUGGUGGUGGCUCAGGAUGGAGGGAACCCUCCCCGCAGUGCUACAGGCACUGCUUUCAUUGCGGUUCUGGAUGAGAAUGAUAAUGCGCCCUCCUUCAGCCAUGCAGGAAGAGAGCUCUUGCUGCAGGCGUUAGAAGGUCAGCCAUCUGGAUUUCUUCUGGGAACCAUUCAUGCAAAAGACCCUGAUGAAGGAGAAAAUGGAACUAUUUUCUACUCCAUGUCUGGUCCCAGAGCCGAACGUUUCACACUGAACCCAAACACCGGAGAGCUGCGCUCCUCUUCCCCUUUGAGCCAUUCAGAGCGUCCUGAGUAUAAUUUCAUCGUUCUGGCUUCGGACCGAGGUUCACCCCCUCAGAGCUCCACCAUAACAUUGAAAAUUGAGGUUGUAAGCUCAAAUAAAGGAUCACCCACCACUAACUCCCAACCAAUAACGUUGAAUUCAGUAGAGGGAGCUAAACCCGGCUUAAUCGUGGGAUCUGUUCGUUCACCUGAUUCUCAGACUCUUCCUGAAGUAGGCCAGGUCACGUAUACUGUGGUGGGAGGCACCGACUGCGACGGCACCUUUGUGGUAGACCGCCAGACGGGUGAUGUUUACCUGGCCCGUGAGCUUGAUUUCGAAAAAGCUCCUCGAUACACUCUCCAGAUUGAGGUUGAUGACUUCUCCAUGCCUCUCCCUAAAAGUCACUUUGUUACAUUGGUAAUCAAUGUCCAGGACAGCAACGAUCAUGCUCCCAAGUUUCCCGAAGACCCCAUUAUCAUAGUCGUCCCUGAGAACACCGAUCCUGGAUCAUCUAUCUACACCUUCCAGGCCAUUGAUAAAGACGGAAGCGGACCCAACAGUGAAGUACACUACUCCAUCCUGCAGCAGUGGCCAAACGUUCCAGAUCUCCUGUUCCUGGAUCCAACCACAGGAGUUCUUUCUCUGGGAAUGAUGUUGGAUCAUGAGAGGACCUCUUCACUACUCUUGGUGGUUCAGGCGAUGGAUUCGGCCCCCGAUGUCGGUCAGCGGCACCGUGGGACGGUCACAGCCCGCAUAUUUGUCACUGAUGUGAAUGAUAAUGACCCUGUGUUCAUCUCACCGUCUGUGGUGAGUGUGAUGGAGGACCAGCCUGUGGGCUUUGUCGUGGUCUAUGUCAUGGCUGCAGAUGCAGACCAGGGAGACAACGGACGUGUGACGUAUCGUAUCCAGAGCGGCAACACUGGAGGAAAAUUCAGCCUUAACCCAGAUACAGGGUCUUUGUCUAUUCUUAGACCAAUUGACCGUGAAGAGCAAGACCUCUACAACCUGACCAUAGUGGCAGAAGACCACGGUUUACAACAGCACAGCAGCUCCCAGUUACUGUCAAUCCAGGUGAUUGACGUAAAUGAUGAGGCACCAUACUUUGAGGAAAGUGAAUAUGAAGCUUUUAUUGCAGAGAAUCAGCCUCCGGGAACUACUGUGCUUGUGGUUUCAGCUUCUGAUUUGGACCAAGGGACCAAUGGAAUUGUGACAUAUGGAAGUAUUGUAGGAGAUGAUUUCAGUAUUCAUCCGGUGACAGGAGUCAUAACAACCACCAAGGCUUUGGACAGGGAAGCCCAAGGGGUUUAUGCUGUGACAGUUUAUGCCAGAGAUGGUGGUUCUCUGCCCAAUUGUGCCAAGACCACAGUGCGCGUCACAGUGCUGGAUGAGAAUGACAAUAGACAGUAG